GAAAAAAUAGCACCACGUUCACAACGCUAGUGGAACUAAAUCCUUCCGGAGUGACUCCGGCUCGUCACUAUGAAUCCACUCACCAAAGUGAAACUCAUCAAUGAACUGAAUGAAAGAGAGGCUGAACUGGGUGUCAAAGACAGUGUGUCCUGGCAUUCGGUCUAUAAGGACAGCGCCUGGGUCUUCAUCGGUGGAUUUCCAUAUGAUCUGACGGAAGGAGACAUCAUCUGUGUUUUCUCUCAGUACGGAGAGAUCGCCAACAUCAACCUGGUGCGAGAUAAGAAGACGGGCAAGUCUAAAGGGUUCUGCUUCCUGUGCUAUGAGGACCAGCGGAGCACCGUUCUGGCCGUCGAUAACUUUAAUGGAAUCAAGAUUAAGGGUCGAACCAUACGUGUGGACCAUGUCGCAAACUACCGUCCACCAAAGGACACAGACGACAUCGAUGAUGUCACCAAACGUUUGCGAGAGGAGGGAUGCGCUCCCAGCAUGCCCCAGCCUUCUGAGAGCGAGUCUGAGGAAGAGGAUGCCGUACCUGUGAAAAAGCCCAAAAAAGAUAAAAAGGAGAAGAAGAAAAAGAAGAAGGAAAAGAAAGAGAAGAAAAGGGCGCUGAAGGAAGAGAAACGUGAGACGUCAGCGUCUUCCCCUGUCCGAGUGAAGAAGGAGAAGGAGGACGCGGCGUACGAGAAGUACGCUGGGAAAACACAGGCCGGGACCAGGAGGGACAGAGCCGGACCGGAUCCCCGAGAGGACGAGGACAGAUUCAGAGAGAGGAACAGAGAGGGCAUGAGACACGAAGACGCCAGAGGAAGAGGGAGAUAUGAGGAACGAGAGCGAGACCGAAGGGAGCGAGACCGCCGAGGGUUUGCCAAACACAGAGAUCACAGUCGUGAAAGAGAACACAGCCGAGAUUGAGCUGGGAUUGAUUUAUACUAAUUUUGUGUUUUUGUGUGUGUAAUUUGAAAAUGUAAAUAAAUCUUUUUUUUUAUUAAA